GCAGAGUGGGUGCCGCAGCCACAGAGCCAGAGCGGGGCAGGGACUGCAGGUUCCCAGGGAAGGAUGCGGCUGGAGACCCUCGCGUGGGUGGUGAUGGCGCUCGGCGUCCUGGCCAGCCCCAGCCCUGAGCCCCAGCUGGGGGCGUCGAUCUUUGCUGACCUGAGCCCGGCAGAGCUGCGGGCGGUGCAGAGCUUCCUGCUGAGCCGGCCGGAGCUGGGGCUGGGGGCCGGCCCCGCGGAGUCGCUGGCCAGCAACAGCCUCUUCCUGGUGGAGCUGCAGGUGCCCAGGAAGAGCCAGGCCCUGCAGUUCUUGGAUGGGGGCAGCCCCCGCCCGCCACGCCUGGCCCGCGCCAUCAUCUUCUUCGGGGAGCAGGCCCAGCCCAACGUCACCGAGUUUGUGGUGGGGCCCCUGCCGCGGCCCAGCUACUACCGGCCCGUGGGCUACAAGGGCGGGCGGCCCGUCCCCUUCACCGCGCGGCCCGUCAGCCAGCUGGAGUACCGGCUGAUGCACCGCAGGCUGCUGGAGAUGCUGGAGCCGCUGGACCGGCUGCUGCACGAGGCCACCGGCUUCCGGUACCACAACUGCAGCCAGCGCUGCCUGACCUUCUCGGACGCGGCGCCCCGCGGGCUGGGCCCCGGCGAGCGCCGCUCCUGGCUCAUCCUCCAGCGCUCCGUGGAGGGCCACUUCCUGCACCCCGUGGGGCUGGAGCUGCUGCUGGACCACCGCUCCCGCGACCCCGGCCGCUGGGCCCUGCAGCAGCUCUGGUACAAGGGGCAGUACUUCGCCAGCGCCCAGGAGCUGGCCGGGCGCCACGAGCGGGGGGAGCUGGCCCCGGCCCCGCCGCCCAGGCCCGAGCUGCUCUUCUCCACCUACCUGCCCCGCGGCCGCUUCGGCACCGGCACCCCCACGGACGUGCACGGGGCCAAGGUGUGCGAGCCGCAGGGCAAGCGCUACCGGCUGCGGGGCAACCUGGUGGAGUACGGGGGCUGGCGCCUGGCCCUGCGGCUGCGCUCCUCCUCCGGCCUGCAGCUCUUCGACCUGCGCUUCAACGGCCAGCGGCUGGCCCACGAGCUGAGCGUGCAGGAGGCCGUGGCCUUCUACGGGGGCGACACGCCGGCCGCCAUGCAGACCAAGUACAUCGACAGCUCCUGGGGCCUGGGCGCCCUGGCCCACGAGCUGGCGCCCGGCAUUGACUGCCCCGAGGUGGCCACCUACCUGGACGUGCACCGCCUGUACGACGCGGCGGGGCCCGUGCGCUACCCCCGCGCCCUCUGCCUCUUCGAGCUGCCCACCGGCGUGCCCCUGCGGCGCCACUUCGACAGCAACGCCCAGGGCGGCUACCGCUUCUACGGGGGCCUGGAGGGGCGGGCGCUGGUGCUGCGCACCACGGCCACCGUCUACAACUAUGACUACAUCUGGGACGUGCUGCUCUACCCCAACGGGGUGCUGGAGGCCAAGGUGCACGCCACCGGCUACCUCCACGCCACCUUCUACACGCCCCAGGGCCUGCACUACGGCACCCGCCUGCACCAGGACCUGCUGGGCAACCUGCACACCCACCUGGUGCACUACAAGGUGGACCUGGACGUCGCCGGCACCCGGAACAGCUUCGAGGCAGUGGACGUGCGGUUCGAGAACAUCUCCAACCCCUGGCAGGCGGGCGAGCGGGUCGUGCAGCCCCGUCUGCACCGGCGGCCAUGCCGGAGCGAGCGCCAAGCCGCCUUCCCCUUCGGCACGGCCCUGCCCAGGUACCUGCUGGUCUCCAGCCCGACCCAGCGCAAUCGCUGGGGGCACCCGCGCAGCUACCGCAUCCAGUACAGCUCGCAGGCCGACCGCGUCCUGCCCCGCGGCUGGAAGGAGGAGCAGGGCGUCGCCUGGGGACGGUACCACCUGGCGGUGACGCGGCACCACGAGAAGGAGGCGACCAGCAGCAGCCUGUACGCCCAGCACGACCCCUGGCAGCCGGUCCUCGACUUCGAGAGCUUCCUCCGCAACGACGAGAACAUCGAGAACCAGGACCUGGUGGCCUGGGUGACGGUGGGUUUCCUGCACAUCCCGCACGCUGAGGACGUGCCCAACACGGCCACGCCCGGCAACGCCGUCGGCUUCUUCCUGCGCCCCUUCAACUUCUUCGACGAGGACCCGUCGGUGGCGUCGCGCAGCACCGUCAUCGUGCGGCCCCGGGACCCGGCCGCGGCCCAGGUGGAGAUCCAGCGCUGGACGCCCGCCAGCCCGGGGCCCUGCGUCUCCGCCGAGCCCUUCCACUACAACGGCACCUACUGGCAGGAGUGAGCCCGGGCCCUGCCCACGGCAGCAGGGCCCGGCGGGCGUCACUGGCGCGAAGGGGCCCCUGGCCUCUGCUCCGGCUGGCUGGGGCCAUGGCUCUGGGGACCGGGGGGUGGGGGCAGCUCGGCAGCUCCUAGCCCCGAGGGUCGCCCACAGACAGCUGGGCCUGGGGGGGCACAGAGGUGGGGAGGGGGCGCGGACCGAAGGGCUUGGCCCCGUGCUAAGGGGACUCUAGUCGGUAAAUACACGUGUCUGCCCAGCCCGCGGAGUCUGUUGGGGCUGCAUGCCCCCAUGCGACGUGUGGGGC